AUGGCUUCUCCUAGUAGCAAUAAAUAGGAUAUUCCCUUGAUAUCAUCAGAAAAAUUAGUGAAAAAAGAAUCUUAAAUCAAUGAGAUGGAAUAAAGACUCUCAGAUAAAUUCGAAGAAUUCAGCUCAAAACGCGGUAACCAAAGCAGAGUAAUCAACCGUGACCGUCCAACUGAAAUAUUAGAAGUUAAUGAAGUCAGUCCUAUUUUGCAUUUAUUAGAGGAACGUAUCCGUAAAUUUGAAUAAACUUAUGGCAAAAGGACUGGAUUUUAUUUUGGACUUAUUUGCUCUGCCAUACUCUCAUUUUGCUGCAUUGCAUCUGAAGUUUAUAUGCCUUAAUUACCUACUAUUGAAGUACUUUUUGUAGCCUUCUUAGUCGCAUUCCUCUUUAACUACUAUCUUAUCCGUGAUGGUGAAAUCCUUCCUUACAUUGAAACUGAAUCCGAAAAUUUUGUUGCCAAGAUCUCUGGUAUUUCUGGUUUUGCAAGCAUUAUUUUAUUCAUAUACUCCUUCUAAAAAUGCGAAUUGUAAACUUCUCUUUUCUGGUUUGGUAUUUCUUGGAUCUUCUAUAUGGCUUUUGAAUCAUGCUCAAAGAAUUCUAAAGCAAAACUCAAUCGUAAUUAAAUUAUGUUCGGAUUAUUAAUGAUUGUAGUUUCAGGUUUAAUUUUACGUCCUAACUUUGCCCCUGAAGUUAAAAUGACUUAAACUCCUGCAAAUCCCGAUGAUGAUGCUACUUCAACUAUUGAAGUAGAUUAUUCUCAUUUCUAUGGUGUUAUUUCAGCUCUUGCUUCUGGUAUCUUCUUUGGUUAUAUGAAUAUGUGCAUUCGUCAACUUAAAAACUAAAACUUCAUUACUAUUACCCACAUCUUCACUUACAUCCAAGCUCCUUUUAUUCCUGUAUUUUUCCCUUUAUAAAAGCUUGUAUCUCCUUCUCUUGCUUAAUGGGUAUUUAUGAUUGGAUUGGGUUUGAUCUUCGUUUUUGUUCUCUAACUUUAUAUUCGUUCUUGCCAACUUGAAAAUACUACAAAAUCACUUUUGACAAUCCCCCAAUUCAUUGCUUUUAUAACAAUAUUCUCUUUAUUGCUUGGAAUUAAUACUUUUGGUGAACCUGAUAUCAUUAAGUUGGUCUGUGCUUUGGUUAUACUUGGAUUAAGCUUUAAAUUCUCAACUGAAAUAGAUAGUGAAAUUAAAGAAGUUGCUCCUCUUACUUAAGUCACAACAAAAGGAUAAGAUAUUCCACUUGAAACAUUCAAAGAUAAUACUACUCUCAAUCAAAAGCUUUUAGAUGAUUAAAAUUGA